AUGUUGCCUCUCCGAGCAUCUUUACGCCAAAGUGCUUCAAUAUUGCGCUAUAUGCGCGGUAUUUCGCCUAUGGUUGCAAGAUCUGCACCUAUUAGUUCUAGUAUUGUCAAUCGAAGACCCAAAGAAUACAUAGCCUACGAUUUAGAAAGCUAUCCCAAGGUAGAGCGGAUAUCAGCACAACGCUUGCCUCCUACAGGAUAUUGGGACGAGCAAGACAGAAGAGAUAAAGAGACACCUUUACAUGAGGACGAUGAUCUCUUAACAAUGUGGAUGGUGGAUGAAGUCUAUCAACAAGAUCGUUAUACCGUUUGGCAAGCAUUGGGACAGUUGGUAUUAAUGCUUAGCCUCUUGGGUGGUGUAUUUGCUUACGCAUGGUGGCUAAAUGUCCCUGUUACUCAGAGACAUGCUGUACCCAAGCGAUAUCCUGAUUUAUAUCUUGAGCUUGGAGGGGAUCCGAAGAAAUUGCAAGAACAAAAGAAGGAGCAAUGAUUCAAACAUGUUAUCCUUAUUCUUAUCGUAUAAGAUGACUGUUCCUAAAACAAGGUUACGAAUGCCUUUGGAUCGCAAGAAAUGUGGAGUAAGCUUACUAAUUUUUGACCGUUGGAAAUAUUACACAGAUGUUACCAUAUAUCUUGCCGACAAAAUGUAUCAUUUAUCUCUUUUGCUGAAAUUUAAUGUAGUUAUAAUUUUUAUAUCUAUAAGCAACACUAAAUGCUUGUUUCGCUUACUGUCUGGCUAGUGUAUGCGGCCUACAGUGCAAUGAAAUUUUAUUGAUACUAUAUGGAAUUAAAUCGCUGAUUAAUUAUACUAUCAGAAUAAAUCUGAA